AUGAUGACAGAAACACAUAUAAAUUCCAAUCAUGUCCUAAAUUCUGGUUUGAAUACUAAAUCAGAAAUCGACAAAAUGGACGAUGUAGGUUGGAAAGCUAAAUUAAAAAUUCCACCAAAGGACAAACGAAUUAAAACUAGUGAUGUUACUGAUACUCGUGGCAAUGAAUUUGAGGAAUUUUGCCUAAAACGAGAAUUAUUAAUGGGCAUCUUUGAAAAAGGCUGGGAAAAGCCUUCCCCAAUUCAAGAAGCCAGUAUUCCCAUUGCAUUAUCUGGUAAAGAUAUCUUGGCCCGUGCAAAAAAUGGGACUGGUAAAACUGGGGCCUAUUCAAUUCCAGUGCUAGAACAGGUUGAUCCACGAAAAGAUGUGAUUCAGGCACUAGUACUUGUACCUACUAGAGAGUUAGCUCUUCAAACAUCACAAAUUUGCAUUGAACUGGCAAAACAUAUGGAAAUAAAAGUAAUGGUAACUACUGGAGGAACAGACUUACGGGAUGAUAUUAUGAGGAUUUACCAGUCAGUGCAAGUAAUAAUAGCAACCCCAGGAAGAAUUCUCGAUCUUAUGGAUAAGAAUGUUGCAAAUAUGGAUCAUUGUAAAACUCUAGUUUUGGAUGAAGCAGAUAAACUUCUGUCACAAGAUUUUAAAGGAAUGUUGGAUCAUGUCAUUUCAAGAUUACCACACGAACGUCAGAUACUGCUGUAUUCAGCCACAUUUCCCCUGACAGUGAAACAAUUCAUGGAAAAACAUUUAAGAGAUCCAUAUGAGAUUAAUUUAAUGGAGGAACUCACAUUGAAAGGUGUAACACAAUAUUAUGCCUUUGUACAAGAACGACAAAAAGUUCAUUGUCUUAACACACUGUUUUCCAAGUUACAAAUAACACAAAGUAUAAUAUUCUGCAAUUCAACACAACGUGUUGAAUUACUUGCAAAGAAAAUAACAGAUCUUGGAUAUUGCUGUUAUUACAUACACGCGAAAAUGGCGCAGGCACACCGAAAUCGCGUGUUUCAUGAUUUCCGAGCAGGACUUUGCAGAAACUUGGUGAGCAGUGAUCUGUUUACUCGUGGUAUUGAUGUUCAAGCUGUGAACGUCGUAAUCAAUUUUGACUUUCCAAAAAUGGCAGAGACAUACCUUCAUCGUAUCGGCCGAUCAGGACGAUUCGGUCACUUAGGUAUAGCAAUUAACCUAAUCACAUACGAGGACCGUUUUAACUUACAUCGUAUCGAACAAGAACUUGGAACAGAAAUUAAACCUAUUCCAAAGGUAAUAGAUCCAAGUUUGUAUGUAGCAAGACCAGAAGACAAUAAUAGCAUGGAAGAGGGUAACGUGUCUAAGUAGUUUCGAUACAUCGUCACGAUGUUUUACAUGCGCUCAAAGAGUUUAAAGUGUUAAAUGGUGAUUGUGUGACUCGUACAUGUAAGGCAUACAUUGCUAUGCUUUGAACUCACAGAGUGAAACGUUAUCUCAGUUUGAAAAGUAUUGUCUGGGGUGUUUAACAGUGUAUAAAGACAAAACAGUGCUAUGAACAUUUAGAUAAAAAAAAAAAAGUGGUCUAUAUAGAAAAAAAUUGAAAAUUUCAAUCAACAUCAUAGUAAAACAGCGAAAAUAUGAAUUACUUGUAAAUAAGGCAUACUGAGUAUGAAACAAUGAACUCAGUGAAUGAAGUGAUGCGAAUGCCGGUGCGAGUCAUUCUUUGUACAUAAAUACAUAUAAAUGUACAUAAUCUAAAGUGCGCGCCAGAGUCAAGCCAUUAUCAAGAGCACAACAUGUAAACAAUUAACAUAAUAAUCAUUACAUUUUACCACAAACUGUAAAUAUUACAUGUGAGUAUCUAUCAUUUUAAUAGUAAAUUUUUAUACAAUGGCUUCAUACUUCCAAGAUUUUUUGUUCUUUAAAAAAAAAAAAAAAAAAAUGUGAUGGGAUGUGUGAUUUAGAAAGGAACAGCAUAACGAGAGUAAACUUGUAGUUAAAUGCUGUUUAUAUCUGAAUACCAUAAAUUAAUCCAUAUUCCCAUUACUUUUGCAUCACCAUAUUUUACAUAUAAAUUCUCCUUAAAUACGAUAUAAUACGAUCACAAAUUCUAAAUAUUGUAUCGAUCUUAAUGUUUGAUCAUGGCUUGAUUUUGCUACCUGUCAAUGCUGUCAUACAACUCUGAAAUUCAAAUCACUUUUCAAAAAAGGCAAGAUUAUCUUUUCUUUCUGUAAAGUGGUAAUAGAAACUUUUUUUAACUUAAUCCGAUUUUUUUACGAAAUUGUGAUUGAGCGUCAGAGGUUGUAAAAUUGACUAGUUUUAUAUAAUUAUUUUUUAUAAAUAACUGGCUGGUGGCAUUUAUCGAAGUUAGGGAUUCGAUGUAUGAUGUCUAUUGAAUAUUUAUGUGUCUAUUGUAAUUCAAAAUCGUUCCACCAAUUAAUGUAUGAGUAAUGAAAUUAAACUAGAAAAGAUUCUUUGUUACAUUUAAGACACAUUUUAGGUAAAAAUCUAUGAAUAUAAGCAAAAAAAAAAAAAAAAUGUACAUAAUAUAGCAUAAUAAUAAUAUAUCAUUUUCUGCAACAGAUAAAAAAAUAACUGCCAAAAUAUAAUAGAACAUCAUCAUGGAAUCCCUUUUUAUUCUUGGUUGUUCUCUUUGAUAUCUAUGUACACAUUAAUCGUAUAAGAAGCAAAAAAAAAAAAAAUAUAGAAGCAUGUAAAAAAUCAUUUUCCGUAAAAUAAAUUUGUAUUGUUAAUAUUCUCCUAUGAACAAAAAGAAGUGUACCACCAGCCAAGACGACCUAGGUUUAUGGAACGAAAUGUGUAUACAUUAAUAGGCAAUAGUAGAAUAUUUCAUAUUUGAAGCAAAAAAAAUUUCAAUGAGAGAUAUUAAUGAGAAAAAGAUGAUGGUAAAACGGUUUGGAAUGCUUUUAAACUUAUAAUAUCAGUUUUGGCGGAUAUUUUGCUUUAACGAUAAGGAAACAAGAGAGAUGUCUUAUGACUUAUGAUUAAGGACUUGACUGCAAGGACAAAAAAGAUUUAUAAAGUAUUUGAAAUUUCUCCUCAAUAUAUAAUAUAUAUAAAUGUGGAACUAAAGAACAUAAUUUUGAACAUAUUCAUUUGGUAACGCAACACAUGUUUUUUAUACGCGAGAAUAAAUCUAAUGAGAGGCAAAAUAUUUAAAUUUUGAAUCGGUAUAGUUCCAUAUAUAGUUAUAAACAACAUAUAUAUAUAUAUAAAUUUAUAAAAUUCGAUUUAUCAUAGAAUUAUGCUUAUUACUUAAAAAAAACUUUGACUUUUAAUUUAUUUCGUAUAGAUGACAUAUUUAAAAUAUAAUAAUCAUAAUAUUAAACACUAUUACAAUCUGAUAUACAAGGGUUCUACGUACUGACUUGUAUGCAUAUCAAAAAUACGUGAAAAUUUUUUUCAUCCUUCAUUUUUAUUACCCACCACCAAGCAUGUUUUUUAGUGGUACGAAGUAACCAGUGGGUUUUGCACAAAAAAAAAA